AUGGCCGUCCGCUACAACCCCACCACCAACGAGCCGUACCUGCAGUUCCCAUCGCCGCACGUGCACCUGCGCCUGACGCCCAUGCGCCACUCCGACGGCCCGGCCACCAUCGCCGCCAUGAACGACCCGCGCGUCUACAUGAACAUCCUCAGCCCGCCGUUCCCUUACCUGCCGCAGCACUGGGACCAACAGUUCGCCACCAUCGACGCCGCCACGCGCAGGGCGCGCGAGGAGCUGGAUGCCGUCGAGGCGUGGCGGAAGCAGGGCGGAUCAGGGCCGAAGAUGUGGGUGGGGUCGGGGUUGCCGUUUACUGCGAUAAGGGAGGUGGUGGUGGUUGAGGGGCCGGAAGGAAAAGAGGAGGAAGAAAGGUUUUUGGGGAGAAUCAACAUUCGGAGGAAGGAUUUCAGGACGGUGGUGGAUGAGGGGGAGAGGAAGGCGCUGAAGGCGGCGAAUGACGCGAAGGUUGCGGGGGAUCCGGAGAUUGAGUGGGAGAUGGGAUUCUGGCUCUGCCCUUCAGCUCAAGGGCGCGGCGUCAUGACGACAGUUCUGCGCACCCUGAUGGAGACAUUCUUCGUUGGCUACAUGAAUGUGCACCGACUGAGAGGCUCUCAUCUCGACCACAAUAAAGGUAGCGGGAGAGUGCUUGAGAAAUGUGGAUUCGUGUUGGAGGGUAAAGAAGCGGAUGUCUUCGAGCACAAUAGCACGUGGAGAACUCUGGGCUUUCGCGUCGGCUUCUUCAUAGAAGACUUCCAUUUCAUGUUUCUUCUUCCCUUCUCCUUCUUCUCAGACCACGACCGCAUUCGCAGACCGUCGCAGCGCCCGACCGCAAUAGCAAUGGCAGACCUAUUUGCCACUAUGGCCAGCACCGCGCAGCAGCCGGUACAAGGCGACGACCCUUCAGUCACCACCGAUCCCCAAGAACAAAGCUCGCACCAACCUGCGCCCAGUCAGACAAGCAAACGCGAUUCGGAAGACUUCGACCUUAACCUCUUCACCACGCUUAACCCUUCCAGUGACGAGCUUAUGGGCGCGAUCCUCAGCGAGUUCAACCAUAACCUGGAUUCCCUUCACGACGCACCUGCUCCCAAAAUGCAGCAAGCUUCCACUCCCGCAUCGACGGACCACACGGACAGCUCUAGCCAUGACCAGCAGAAGCAGCGUCCCACGAGGCGUCUCAACAACAGCGACCUGAUUAGGUCUUUUGCGCCCAAGAACAACGACAAGUCGCAUGAGACACGCUGCCACCAGCGCCAGCCUACAAGCCCGGUCACGCAGAGCAGGAAGCGCAGGCUCGCCGACGAGCCCGCCGUCGCAUGCCCAACACCAGCGUCGCUGGAACAGCAUCUACACAAGCUCCCAAGAACUGGCAACUACAGCAUCGCCGACAUGUUCAUGGCCAAGGCCUUCGAUAACAUUGCCCGACUCCAAACCCCCGGGUCUUCGUACGCCACUCACAACAACUGGCAACAGUCUGGUUCCUCCCAAGAGAAUCCGCUGGUCGUUGAUGAUGACGACGAUGACGGCAACAGCGACAUCACUGGUCAACAGCACUGCGGCACCACUGCCCAACAGCACGGCGGUCCACCACCCUCUUAUCCCACCGCAAAGCCGGCCACUCUGCCCGAGACGACAACCAAACAAGCCUUCAGCACCUGCAACAACGCGGUCGCCUUCGCCGUCGAGGAAACCAUCCCUCUGCCCCCCACCAUCGGCGGCGGCCAUGCGCACCGCACCUUCACCUUCUCGCCCGCCUGCCAGAUCAGCAUCCGCCGCGGCGGACGACUCAUCUCCAUCAAGAAGGAUCAGCAGGUCUUGCACUUCACGAGCAACAAGAAGAAGAACAACAACGAAAGCAUCACAAAGAACCACACUGGAGACGGGGAACUGGACGAGUCCGGAAGCUGCGUUCACGGCAGCAGCAGCAGCAGCGUUGGUGAGGACGAGGAAGCCGACGGAGAUCAGCCUCGCGAAGUCUCCCGCUUCAAGGCCGUCGGCUUUGGGCCCUGCAGCCGCUGCCAGAGCGCACCUGGUGGUAGUGGGACGAGGCUGUGCGAUCGCGGUUUUCCGUGCGGUCCGUGUCUCGCCGAGGCUGGUGGCGAUGUCGGAGUGGCGAUGAAGAAGUGUCUAUUGCCCGUCGUGGCGAGGCCCGAGGGCGCCAUCGAUGGGGAUGAGCUGCUCAAGAGGGGCGUUAAAGUUGUGAGGCCGGGAAUGGUGGUGGCGGCAGUGGAGCAGGGCAAGGCCGUUGAAGGCUUUGGUGUCGGCGAACAUUAA